AACAGAAGCUUUUUCUAAACCAACCACGACCUUUUCUUUCCUCAGUGUUCCGUUGCGUUCUUCAUUGAACCGUGGCGGCCAUUGACCACACGCAACCGCCAUGCAUCUGUACAAUUUUACACUACAACCCCCAACGGCAAUUACCCAGGCCAUCGUUGGCAAUUUUUCUGGAGCCAGACAGCAGGAAAUCAUCGUUUCUCAUGGUACACGUCUAGAGUUACUACGGCCAGAUCCUCAGACAGGAAAGGUCUCGACUGUCAUUGCUACGGAUGUCUUUGGUUCAAUUAGAUCAUUGGCUGCCUUUCGACUAACGGGAGGGACGAAGGACUACGCAAUCGUAGGGUCUGAUUCAGGCCGUAUCGUUAUUUUGGACUAUGAUCCCAAGACCAGUAAUUUCGUCAAGCUUCAUCAAGAGACAUUUGGGAAAUCCGGCGCGCGUCGUAUCGUGCCUGGUCAGUAUCUGGCUACCGAUCCCAAAGGACGAAGUGUCAUGAUAUCUGCUAUGGAAAAGAGCAAAUUGGUCUACAUUCUCAAUCGAGAUGCUGCCGCCAACUUGACGAUCUCUUCGCCCCUCGAAGCGCACAAAAACUCGGCGAUUAUUCAUCAUAUCGUUGGACUGGAUGUCGGCUUCGAGAAUCCAAUGUAUGCUGCUUUAGAAGUCGAUUAUUCAGAGUCUGACCAAGACCCAACGGGUGAAGCUUUCAACCGCGCUGAAAAGAUGCUCACAUUCUAUGAGCUGGACUUGGGACUAAAUCAUGUUGUUCGCAAGUGGAGUGAACCCACUGAUCCUCGCGCAAAUAUGCUCUUACAAGUGCCGGGAGGGCAGCUGGCAUCUUCCGAUCGUUUUGAUGGACCAUCCGGUGUUCUGGUGUGCUGUGAAGAUCACAUCAUCUACCGUCAUAUGGAUGCGCCUCAGCAUAGAGUUCCUAUUCCCCGGCGAAAUGGUCCUUUGGAAGAUCCUAAUCGUGGCUUAAUCAUUACUGCUGCAGUCAUGCACAAGAUGAAGGGCGCGUUCUUCUUUUUGCUUCAGAGCGAAGAUGGCGAUCUAUUCAAGGUCACAAUUGAACAUGAAGAUGAAACAGUCAAGUCCCUUAGAAUCAAGUACUUUGACACAGUUCCAGUCGCUGCCAGCCUCUGUAUUCUCAAAUCCGGUUUUCUUUUCGUGACCUCGGAAUUCGGCAACCACUAUCUUUAUCAAUUUCAGAAGCUCGGUGAUGAUGAUGACGAGCCUGAAUUUAGUUCCACCUCGUACUCUUCAUUUGGGAUGGCAGACCCAACUGUACCGCUACCGCAUGCUCAUUUCCGCCCUCGCCCGUUGGAUAACCUCGUCGUGGCUGACGAACUUGAAUCUUUGGAUCCUAUUCUCGAUUCCAAAGUCUUAUCCAGACUCCCAAACUCAGAUACACCGCAGAUUUUCACAGCUUGCGGCCGAGGACCCCGUAGUACCCUACGAAUCUUGCGUCAUGGUCUUGAGGUGGAAGAAUCUGUAAGCUCCGAUCUGCCCGGUAUACCAAAUGCUGUAUGGACAACGAAACGAGCUGAAGACGACCCCUUCGACUCUUAUAUCAUCCUGUCAUUCGUUAACGGAACACUGGUCCUCUCCAUUGGAGAAACAAUUGAGGAAGUGCAGGAUACAGGAUUCUUGUCUUCUGCACCUACGCUUGCCGUUCAACAGAUAGGUUCCGAUGGUCUGCUACAAGUCCAUCCUGGUGGCAUUCGCCAUGUUCUUGUUGACACUCGUGUAAACGAGUGGAAAGUUCCUCACGGCAAGACUAUCGUCUGCGCUACAACAAACAAACGACAGGUGGUAGUUGCAUUGAGUUCUGCCGAGCUCGUGUAUUUCGAAUUGGACUUGGAUGGUCAGCUGAACGAGUAUCAAGACCGCAAAGCUAUGGGCAGUACGGUCCUGGCGCUGAGUAUAGGUGAAGUUCCUGAAGGUCGUCAAAGAACUCCUUUCUUGGCAGUGGGAUGUGAGGACCAGACUGUUCGCGUGAUUUCAUUGGAUCCCGAAACCACACUGGAAACGAUCAGUUUGCAAGCUCUUACCGCUCCGCCUUCAUCCAUUUGCAUUGCAGAUAUGCUUGAUGCCAGCAUCAACAAGACGCAACCGACAAUGUUCGUUAAUAUUGGUUUACAAAACGGAGUCCUCCUUCGAACUGUAUUGGACCCAACUAACGGUCAGCUUACUGAUACCCGUACCCGUUUCUUAGGAACGAGGCCUAUUCGUCUCAUUCGCGUUCAAAUUCAGCAGAAUCCGGCAAUUUUAGCACUAUCAUCACGUUCAUGGCUCAAUUACACACAUCAAAACCUUAUGCAUUUUACUCCUUUGAUUUUCGAAAACUUCGAUUAUGCCUGGGGCUUUUCUGCAGAGCUAAGUCCGGAGGGUCUGAUCGGGAUCACUGGAAGCACGUUACGGAUUUUCCAGAUUCCCAAGCUAGGCACGAAACUGAAAGCAGAUUCAAUCCCGCUAUCCUAUACUCCACGAAAGUUUAUUACCCAUCCACAUAACGAGUACUUCUAUCUCAUCGAAGGAGACCACCGUACGCUGGGUGACGAUGCAGCUGCCAAUAAAUUGGCAGAAUUGCGGAAACAAGGGAAAAAGAUUGAUGAAGAGGUGGUUAACUUGCCUGUGACGGACUUUGGUCGGCCAAAAGCGGCGGCAGGCAAUUGGGGGUCCUGCAUACGAAUUGUGGACCCGGUUGAGGCCAAAACGGUUGCAGUGGUGCAGCUGGAUGGCAAUGAAGCUGCGUUCUCUCUUGCCAUUGUUCCGUUCUCUGCAAGAGGCGGAGAACUACACCUGGUUGUAGGAACGGCGGCUGACACCAUCGUUUCACCGAGAUCCUGCACUAGUGGAUACUUCCGCACCUACAAGUUCACUAAUGAUGGUGCUGGCUUACAGCUAUUGCACAAGACGGAAACAGAUGAUGUUCCCUUGGCUCUAAUGGCUUUCCAAGGACGUCUGGUUGCUGGCGUCGGGAACGCGCUACGGAUAUACGAUAUUGGGAAGAAGAAGCUGCUGCGCAAGGUCGAAAACAAGACCUUUGCUUCGCCCAUCAUCAGUCUCAAUACUCAGGGUUCUAGAAUUAUUGUUGGCGAAAUGCAGGAAUCAGUAUCAUUCGCUGUAUAUAAGGCACCUGAAAAUCGCCUGCUCGUGUUCGCCGACGAUAGCCAGCCGCGGUGGAUAUCCGCUGUCACUAUGGUCGACUAUAACACUGUGGCAUGCGGUGAUCGUUUUGGCAACGUCUUUGUUAACCGCCUCGAUUCUAAAAUGUCCGACCAAGUCGAUGAUGAUCCGUCGGGUGCCGGAAUAUUGCAUGAAAAAGGUCAGCUAAUGGGCGCUCCUCACAAGACAAAAAUGCUCUGUCAUUUCCACAUUGGCGACCUUGUGACUUCGAUACACAAAGUGUCCCUGGUCGCUGGUGGUCGUGAGGUUCUGCUGUACACAGGCCUGCAUGGAACUAUAGGUGUUCUCGUGCCCUUUGUAUCGAAGGAGGACGUAGAUUUCAUAUCAACAUUGGAGCAGCAUAUGCGAACGGAGCAACCGAGCUUGGUCGGGAGAGAUCAGUUGAGUUGGCGCGGAUAUUACACGCCAGUGAAAGCUGUCGUGGAUGGGGAUCUUUGCGAGACAUUCGCUACGCUACCAGGACCUAAGCAGAGUUCUAUUGCUGGAGAGUUGGAUCGAUCUGUUGGUGAAGUGCUCAAAAAGCUAGAGCAGUUACGGGUGACCACGAGUGGGUUUUAGGAUAUUUAAUUUUUUCGUUGAUAACUGCUAUAACUAUUUGCUCCGACUGUAUUUUCAUUGUAUCAUGUAUUCACGAUGCUGCAGCUUGAAGCU